AAGUCGGCGCUGCAGUGGCGGCCCCAACAGCAGCGGCGGCCCGUGCCUACCCCUGCCGUCCGCGCCCGUCCGGCCCGGCCACGGAGGCAGCGCCGCGGCGGGACCCGGAGCCUGUGCCCGCCGAGAAGCGCCGCGCCGCCGGGCGCCCAGGAGUUUGAUGGGGCCGCAGCGGCCGUUGCGUACGGCCGCGACCGCCCUGCUCUGGGGCUUCCUGCUCCCGCUGACAGCUGCUCAGGAAGCAAUCCUUCACGCGUCUGGAAAUGGCAAACCUUUACCAUCUAAGGACUACUGCAUGCUAUAUAACCCUCAUUGGACAGCUCUUCCAAAUACCCUAGAAAAUGCAACUUCCAUCAGUUUGAUGAAUCUGACUACCACACCACUAUGCAACCUUUCUGAUAUUCCACCUGAUGGAAUAAAGAGCAAAGCAGUUGUAGUACAGUGGGGGACGUGCCAUAUUCUUGAAAAAGCCAGAAUUGCACAAAAAGGAGGUGCUGAAGCAUUGUUGGUUGCCAAUAACAGUGUCCUAUUUCCUCCCUCAGGGAACAAAUCUGAAUUUCAUGAUGUGCAAAUACUGAUUGCAUUUAUAAGCCGCAAAGACUUUAUAGAUAUGAAGCAGACUCUUGGAGAUAACAUUACUGUGAAAAUGUAUUCUCCAUCGUGGCCUAACUUUGACUAUACUAUGGUGGUUAUUUUUGUAAUUGCUGUGUUCACUGUGGCAUUAGGAGGAUACUGGAGUGGACUAAUUGAAUUGGAGAGCAUGAAGGCAGUGACAAACACUGAAGACAGAGAAAUGAGGAGAAAGAAGGAAGAAUAUUUAACUUUUAGUCCUCUAACAGUUGUAAUAUUUGUGGUCGUGUGCUGUGUUAUGAUGGUCUUACUUUAUUUCUUCUACAAAUGGUUGGUUUAUGUUAUGAUAGCAAUUUUCUGCAUAGCAUCAGCAAUGAGUCUGUACAACUGUCUUGCUGCACUCAUUCAUAAGAUACCAUGUGGACGAUGCACGAUUAUGUUUCGUGGCAAAAACAUUGAAGUGAGACUUAUUUUUCUCUCUGGACUGUGCAUAGCAGUAGCUGUUGUUUGGGGCGUAUUUAGAAAUGAGGAUAGGUGGGCUUGGAUUUUACAGGAUAUCUUGGGGAUUGCUUUCUGUCUGAAUUUAAUUAAAACACUGAAGUUACCCAACUUCAAGUCAUGUGUGAUACUUUUAGGCCUUCUCCUCCUCUAUGAUGUGUUUUUUGUUUUCAUAACACCAUUCAUCACAAAGAAUGGCGAGAGUAUCAUGGUUGAACUUGCAGCUGGACCUUUUGGAAAUAAUGAAAAGUUACCAGUAGUCAUCAGGGUACCAAAGCUGGCCUAUUUCUCAGUAAUGAGUGUGUGCCUCAUGCCAGUUUCAAUACUGGGUUUUGGAGACAUUAUUGUACCAGGCCUGUUGGUUGCAUACUGUAGAAGAUUUGAUGUUCAGACUGGUUCUUCUUCUAUAUACUAUGUUUCCUCCACAAUUGCCUACGCUGUUGGCAUGAUACUCACAUUUGUUGUUCUGGUGCUGAUGAAGAAGGGGCAGCCUGCUCUCCUCUAUUUAGUUCCUUGCACGCUUGUUACUGCCUCAAUUGUUGCUUGGAGACGUAAGGAAAUGAAAAAGUUCUGGAAAGGUAGCGGCUAUCAGGUGAUGGACCAUCUGGACUACGCAACAAAUGAAGAAAACCCUGUGACUGCUGAACAGAUUGUCCAACAAUAAUAUUGUGUAGACCUGCAAUAAUGUGUCAGUUGAUUUUCUACAAAUAGAGUUUGACUUUUUAAAUUGACUUUUGAAUUGACAAUCUUAACGAAUCUUCAGUGAUAUGCUUGCAAAUACAUAUUUUUAAGAGCUGGUACUGACAAUUACAUCAAAUAGUUGAACACAUUUGCUUUUAACUGUUAAAGUUGUGCCUUCACAUUAAAUAAAGCAUAUGGUCUGUGUAA